AUGAUGAUUGGCAUUAGAACUGAAACAGACGUGUUCAGGUUCCUGACCAUCCCACGGUAUGCCCGAGCCAUCUCGGCAACGACUACGCACAAUGCAAGACAAAAGUUAGAUCUGUCAAAUCCGAAGACGUUGGCUUUGCAUAAACUCUAUCGUCCAGAACGUGUGACACCACGUGAAAAAGGCUAUGCACUGCUCACGAAUAACCGGCUGAACAAG